GAGGGCAACAAUUUUUCAGCGGGCAACAAUUUUUCAGAGGGCAACAAUUUUUCAGCGGGAAGCCAACGAGGCCGUAGCGAUUCUCCCACAUCACUAUUUUCACUCAGAACCUGAAGCAGCGGAAUUCUCGACAUGGCGGCCCCACCCUCAGUCAACAUCCUCAACAUGUCUGGGACUUGGACUCUGAACAGGCAGCUGUCGGACGACUUUGAUGCUACGUUCCAGGUCCAAGGAGUCUCUUGGCCAGUUCGCAAGAUUCUAGCCUGGGCUGGCGUCGCGCUGCACAUGGCUCAGACUUCGGACACGCCGCAGGGCGAGACUGGAAAACCGCCCAUUACUAAAAUCAACGUGAAGCAAACCAUCACUCCAGGCGGGUUCAACAGCGAGGAGGCGUAUGUCCUCGACUCUAGUGUCAAGUACAGCACCCUCCCCAUCUUUGGUGCCGUGUCGGUGCACUCUCGGUACACGCUCCUCGGCCAGGUUGAUGACGUAGAUCUGCGAGAACGGCUUGCCGCGGAUGGCGCCACCGUGGCAAUUCAGGAGUUCGCCGAGAGCAAGAGCAGCGACUGGUCGACGGUUGGGGUCUGGGGGUUUGAGGUCGUCGGUGGUGAGAGACGCUUCACGCGCACAAACACUACGACAGGUCGCAAUGCCCGGGCUGUGGCGCGGCUGGUCUAUGACUAUAGCCCUUAGUCCUAGUAGGAGAUACAGUCAACAGCUCGAAGCAUCAGGUUGAGCG